AUGUCAAAUUCGCUGGCACCUCAACCCUUUGGCGCUGGCUUGGUGCCACCAAGCAUGCACUCGGUACCACCACCACCAUCACCAAUUGGGGUGCCCAUGGAUCAGAGUAGCGAAUCAGACGAUCCUCCACCGCUGCCUUCGGAUGCCGGUCAGACGCUCUAUGUCCAGAAUCUCAACGAGAAGGUCAAGCUUGAGACAAUGAAAGCAACGCUCACCAACCUCUUUUCCAACUAUGCCACCGUUCUUUCGGUAACGGCGCAUACAAAUCUUCGAAUGCGCGGCCAAGCGUUUGUCUCGCUCGAUGACGUUCACGCAGCAGACAAGGCUCGACGAGAAGCGCAUCUUUUUCCGCUGUACGGUAAAGCGAUGAAAAUCAGUUUUGCCAAGUCCAAAUCAGAUGCCGUGGUGCUGCAGAAGCUUAAGGACGAGGGAGGCCACGAGUCAGAAAUGUUUAAACAGCACAAAGAGCAAAGGCUGCAACACAAGAAGAAGGCGAGACGAGACAAUGUCUUGAGGAGGAAGGAACUGGAGAAGAAGAUCAGAGCCAAAAAAGCUGCGACCGGAGAGAUCUCGCAGCCCGAGAAAGCGGCUCCCAAGAGGACGCAACAACAGAUGCCCGACGAAUAUCUCCCGCCCAACAAGAUGCUCUUUUUGCAAAACAUCCCCGAAGGAGUCGGCAAAGGCGAGCUCGAGAGCUUGUUCUCAGCAUACCCAGGCUAUGUCGAUGUCCAAACCAUCCCUGGCAAGGCCGAAAUUGCUUUCGUCGAGUUUGCAGAUAUCCCAUCCAGCGCUACAGCUCGUGGCGCCCUCAAUGGCUACAAUUUCGGAGCAGGUGACAAGCUCAAGAUCACCUUUGCGAGAGCAUGA